CGGGACGCGGCCUCUCCGUUCCGCCGUAUUCCUCCCCUUCAGGGGUAUCCGAAGAAAGAUCUCGCGCUAGGGAGGGGCUUUCCCGAGAACGAGCGACCGGAAUGGAGAGCUGGGGGCGGCUCGCCUCGAGGAUUACCGGGUCUGAUUUCUGUUCCUCUCACGCAUCGAUCCGCUUCACCCUGUAAAUUUUUUGGAAUAUUGAAGAGAUCGUCCCUUCUGCGCUCAAAAUUGAAUUUUUGUUCCCUUGGAAUCGAGUUGGAAGCCUCGUGAGGGUGAAAAAUGGAAUCGUGUUCUUGGAAGGAUUAGAUUGGUCGAUCCCGGAUGCAACUGGUCGAUCUCUUUCUUCUUGAAGUCGAUUUGAUCCUCUUGGAAUAUUGCUUGAUUCUUUGGAAGGUGGGUCAUUAUCAAUUUGUUGCAUCUGCAGUGUGACGAUGAGCAGUAGUUUUAGCAGGAGUGUUUCGUCUCGGCUUACGCCUAGAAGUGUCAGCAGCCCUAGGGUUUCGGCUCAUCGGAAAUGGUGGGUAGCGCAAAGACCAUCCUUCAGUAAUCUGGCUGUGAUCUUCUGUUUGGUCUCGGUGAUACUGGUUGCUGGAUGUAUGUUUUAUCUCUAUGCUUUCCGAUACUUCGGUCGUGGAAAAUUGGUCUCGGGCUUCAUUGAUGAAUCUGAUGUCUGUAAUGUCUUUGAUGGUAGCUGGGUUCCUGAUGAUUCUUAUUAUCCGAUUUACAAUAGCACAGAAUGCCCAUUUGCUGAAAGGGGGUUUAAUUGUUUUGCAAACGGGAGACAGGAUAUGAACUAUCUUAAAUGGAGAUGGAAACCUCGACGAUGCUAUAUCCCUGAAUUUGAUGCACGUGAAGUCUUAGAAAGGCUCAGAGGAAAACGAGUUGUCUUCGUGGGAGACUCAAUGAGCCGUACUCAGUGGGAGUCUCUCAUAUGUAUGCUUAUGACUGGGGUUCAGGAUCCCAAUACUGUUUAUGAAGUAAAUGGAAAUAAUAUAUCAAAAACAAUUCGAUUCUUGGGUGUUAAGUUCCAGACAUUCAACUUGACUGUGGAAUUCUUUCGAUCAGUGUUUCUAGUGCAGCAGGGCUUGCCACCAAAUCAUGGACCAAGGAGGGUUCGCAUGACACUUAAGCUAGACAAAAUGGAUGAUAUUAAUCAUAAGUGGAUAGAUUCAGAUGUUUUGAUUUUCAAUUCUGGCCAUUGGUGGACACCUACUAAACUCUUUGAUAUGGGUUGCUAUUUCCAGACUGGAGGCGCAUUGAAGCUUGGCAUGUCUAUCAAUUCUGCUUUCAGAGUAGCCUUAGAUACUUGGGCAUCAUGGGUUGAGACAAUGGUUAACACAAACAGAACUCAUGUUUUCUUCCGAACUUUUGAACCUUCCCAUUGGAGUGGCUUAAAUCAGACGGCCUGCGAGGUGACAGAGCAGCCUCUUUCAGUGGCUAAAGCUGAUGACAGGAGCGAGUUUGCUGAUAUAAUAGCUACGGUAGUUGGAAACAUGACAGUUCCUGUUACUGUCCUCAAUGUAACAUUGAUGGGUGCCUUCAGGAGCGAUGCCCAUAUCGGCACUUGGAGCCACCCUUCUUCGAUUCUUGAUUGCAGCCACUGGUGCCUUCCCGGAGUCCCUGAUGCUUGGAAUGAACUCGUGUUCUCUUAUCCGCUAACAAACAGGUGGAAAAGAUUAGGUAGAUGACAUGGAGGAAUGACAAUCUUUUCUUUUCACAAACAAUAGAUUCUUUGUGGUUCUACUCGGCUGGAGCUGCCUAAGAGUUGGAUGAGGGCAGGACUUGUUGGUGGAAGCCGAUUCGAUUCACGACCAUUCUUUUGAAAAACAUGUUGGCUUCUUAGCUUGUGUUGAGUUGGACUGACUCCCAGGGUUUAGCAACUUUUCUGUCUCUGCCUGUUCUUCAUGUUUUUAUUUCUUUUCUUGUUCAAAGAGUUAGACCCCUGUACCCAAGCAAAUGUACCUACCUAACACAUCAAUGUUUCAUAAAAUGAAGAUAUCAAUUUUUUUUUCUUUCACUAAAGAUUAUAUGU